GUUUAGUACUGUAGGCGCAGAGUGCGAGCGUCUGUCUACCUUUACUAUCGAGGGUGGUUAGCGGAAUUGAAACAUGUUAUCCUGGCUAAUCGCCAAAGGGGGACAUGGCAGCCGGUCCAACCCUGCCAAGUCGUUGGUUUCCUGUAUGUUCUUCGUACUGACCUCUGCGUCUAAUAUGAGAGAGAGAACACUGGAAUUGAUGACAAAAUAUCCUCUGAUUGAUGGGCACAAUGAUCUUGCUCUACAGCUGAGAAUUCUUCACAGCAACAGGCUCAGCCAAAUUGACCUGCACAAUGUUAGCAAUGUUGCCACAGACAUAAAUCGACUGAAAACUGGUCACGUUGGAGCACAGGUGUUUGCAGCCUAUGUGAUGUGUACAGCUCAGGAAAAGGAUGCAGUCAGACUCACCCUGGAGCAGAUCGAUGUUAUUCAUCGCAUGUGCAGCAAGUAUCAGGAGCUGGAACUGGUCACAUCAGCAGAAGCCUUGAACAGUUCUGAGAAGAUCGCCUGCCUGAUCAGUAUAGAAGGAGGCCACUCCAUAGACAGCAGUCUGGCUGCCCUGCGCAUGUUCUACCAGCUGGGUGUGCGCUCUAUGGCCCUGACACACACCUGCAACACACCCUGGGCAGAAUCUUCUUCAAAACUUUAUCCAUUUUAUUCAAGAUCCAACAAUAGCCUGACAAAAUUUGGUAAGGCGGUGGUGGCAGAGAUGAAUCGUCUGGGCAUGAUCAUUGACCUAUCUCACAGCUCCUGGGACACUGCCCAGGCUGUAAUGCGGAUCUCCAGGGCCCCUGUCACCUUUAGCCACUCCUCCGCUUUUGCUGUGUGCAAACAUGAUCGCAACAUCCCAGACUGGCUGCUGCACAUGCUGAAAGAAAACAAAGGGCUGGUUAUGGUGAACAUGCAUAGCAGGUUUGUGGCAUGCAGUGACAGCGGAAACAUUUCUAAUGCAGCCGACCACUUUGAUCACAUAAGGAAAGUGAUUGGAGCUGAGUGGGUGGGAAUUGGAGGAGAUUAUGAUGGAGCCUCCAGGUUUCCUCAUGGACUGGAGGAUGUGUCCAAGUAUCCUGCCUUGAUCCAGGAGCUCCUACUUAGGGGCUGGAGUGAGGAAGAACUGUCUGGAGUCCUCCGAGAUAACUUCCUGAGGGUUUUUGGGGAGGUGGAACGAGUACGUGAUGAACUGAAAGGGACUCUUCCAGCAGAAGACCAGAUCCCGUUCUCUGAGGCAGCAAACCCAUGUCGUCUGGUUCUGAGGCCUCCGAAGCCGGACAGUCUGUCCACCAGGAAUGCUUCUUUACAUGGCCAAAGCAGACACACAGCUGUUUUUGCCAUGGUCUUUGCCAUGCUGAUGAUACACUUCAAUCCUCUGUUGUAGUCCACUUUUUAAAUUCUUGUAAUUUUAUUCAGCUAAUGGUUUGUCUCAGUUUAUAUUCCAACCCACAACCACAGACCCAAUGGAGGAAAACAAAAUACUGCCUUACAAUUUCCUUUUUUACAAGCAGAGUCUGCAUUUUAUGUACAAAUACAAUUAUGUGUGCCUUUUCAUUUUCUCUAAACAUCACCAUCCGCAGUCUUAAGAAAGUAGAAUUGAGAAAAUAUUUUAAAUGCUGUUUUCAAAUUACACAGCAAGCUGUAUAAUGCAUAUUUCACUGAGCUAUGAUAAAGUACUGUUCUUAAUUAUAUAUAUUUAUUUUAGCACAAGAUAUUGUAAAUAUGUCAGGUGGAAACUUGACCAAGUCUCACUUUUUAAUAUCUAUGU